UGUCCAAGAACCCUUACCCAUAGAAAUUCACGAAAUCAUUAUGAUGCUUGAAGGAGGAAUUGACAAGGUAUAAAUAGAGGCAGAUGAGAGUCCAUUCAACUACAGUUCAUUCAAGUUCUGAAUCGAUUUAUAGUAAAAGUAUUCAAUUGAAAAUGGCACCUAAAAUUGGAAUUAACGGUUUCGGUCGUAUCGGACGUAUUGUCCUUCGUAACGCUAUUCAAGCUAAGACUGUUGAAGUAGUCGCAGUCAAUGACCCCUUCAUUGACCUUGAAUAUAUGGCUUAUAUGUUCAAGUACGACUCUACUCACGGUCGCUUCCCUGGUGAGGUUUGUGCCAAGAAUGGCAAGUUGGUCAUCGACGGCCAAACCAUCACCGUCUUCAACGAGAAGGAACCCGCCAACAUCAAGUGGAACACUGCUGGCGCUGAAUAUGUCAUUGAAUCCACUGGUGUUUUCACCACCGCUGAAGCCGCUUCUGGUCACUUGAAGAACGGUGUUAAGCGUGUUAUCAUCUCUGCUCCUGCCAAGGACAACUCUCCUAUGUACUGUGUUGGUGUCAACCACGAGAGCUUCAAGCCCGACCAACAAGUCAUCUCCAACGCCUCUUGUACCACCAACUGCUUGGCUCCUUUGGCUAAGGUUAUCAACGAUGCCUUCGGUAUUGAGGAAGGUUUGAUGACCACUGUCCACUCUUCCACUGCCACCCAGAAGACCGUCGAUGGUCCUUCCUCCAAGGACUGGCGUGGUGGUCGUACCGCCAGUGCUAACAUCAUCCCUUCUACCACUGGUGCUGCUAAGGCUGUCGGUAAGGUCAUCCCUAGCCUCAACGGUAAGCUUACUGGUAUGGCUUUCCGUGUUCCCACUACCAACGUUUCCGUUGUUGACUUGACUGCCAGACUUGCCAAGCCCACUAACUAUGAGGACAUCAAGAAGGCUAUCAAGGCCGCUGCUGAGGGUCCUCUCAAGGGUAUCCUUUGCUACACCGAAGAUGCUGUUGUCUCUACUGACUUCAACGGUGACACUCACUCUUCCAUCUUCGAUGCCAGUGCUGGUAUCCAACUCUCUCCUCAAUUCGUCAAGCUUGUCGCUUGGUACGAUAACGAAUACGGCUACUCUCGUCGUUGUGUUGACUUGCUUGCCUACACUGCUUCUAAGGACAAGUAACUAGCUGGAAGUUCGCCCGAUGUGAAGAAACGAAAAGUAAACACAUAGGGAGGUUCCAUUUCUUAGCGUAAACAGAAAGUCUCUUUUGAGAGAUGAUUAUGUUUUUAUGAAAAUUUUAUGCCUUUUUAUUAGUACGUUUCAUUUCGCUUAGCGUAUAUAUUUUUCCCAAUAACGAUUUUUUGACUAUUUAUCUUCUCUAAA